AUGGGAGCUUAAUGCUGCACUUUACCAACUAAAUUAACUGUUUAUGAAAUAGAUAUAGACAGUCAAAAGUUAAGAGGAAGUGCUCAUACUCAAACUAAAAGAUCUGUAAUUAAGAGGGAUUAAAAAAGUGAUGAAGAAAUAAUUAAUUGUCAAAAAGAAAACUACAAGGAUUUUGAAGUUCUUGGUUCAGGAUCCAUAGAUCUAAGUUAGAUGCAAGAUAAAAUACCUUGUUAGAAUAAAUUGUUUCAGAAACAAGAAAGCCAGAUAGAAUCAACAAUUCCAAGAAGUAAAUUUCAGAGAAAGAUAACAAACUCGUCAGUUGGUUCUGUAAAAUUGGGAGCAGAAGUGUUUAUCAAUCUAAAAUCUGGUAGCAUCCACAAAUAUUAUGAAACAGGGGAAAUCUUAGGACAAGGAGCCUACGGAAAGGUUUGGAAGGUGACACAUAAAAAUACUGGUAUGAUAAGAGCGAUGAAAGAACUGAAAAAGAAAUCGAUAAUAAUUGAGGAGUAAUAAAGGUUAUUUGCAGAAAUGAAUAUUUUAAAAAAUUUGGAUCAUCCUCAUAUAGUGAAACUGUAUGAAUUAUAUUAAGAUCAACAUAACUAUUAUCUGAUAACAGAAUAUUUAUAAGGAGGGGAAUUGUUUGAUAGAAUAAAAGAAUUCAAUUAUUUUAGUGAAAGAAAAGCAGCUGAAUUAAUGAGACAAAUCUUAUCAGCAGUUGUCUAUUGUCAUCAAAGAAGCAUAGUUCAUAGAGAUCUCAAACCAGAAAAUGUGCUUUUUGUUAAUGAUUCUUAAUUGUCUCCAAUCAAAAUUAUCGAUUUUGGAACAUCAAGAAAAUAUGAGUAAAAUUAAAAAAUGACCAAGAAAUUAGGAACAGCAUAUUAUAUAGCACCAGAAGUUUUAAAGUAGGAAUAUAAUGAAAAAUGCGAUGUCUGGUCUUGUGGGAUAAUUUUAUACAUAUUGUUAUGUGGAUAUCCUCCUUUUACUGGUAAAACAGAGGAAGAAAUUAUGCAAAAGGUAUGUGAGGGAGAAUUAAUUUUUGAGUAAGAGGAUUGGGAAAUGAUAUCCACAGAAGUUAAAGAUCUCAUAAGAAAUAUGUUACAAGUAGAUCCCAAUAAGAGAUACUCUGCUUAGGAGGCUUUAUCAGAUCCCUGGAUCAAAAAGAACUAAUAGAGUACUAAAGUGAAUAAAACAGCUUUACAAAAUUUAUAAAAGUUUCAAGCUUAAUCUGUCUUUACUUAAGCAGUGCUUGCAUAUAUAGCGUGUUAAAUGACUUCUUAAUAGGAAUAAGAUGAAUUAGCCAAAUCAUUUUAAUUUUUAGAUAAAAAUGGAGAUGGAAUUCUAUCAAGAGAUGAAUUGAUAGAAGGUUAUACUUCUGUUUUUAGAAAUAAACAAUAAGCUAUUUAAGAAGUUGAUAAAAUUCUAUCAAUUGUAGAUAUAAACCAAAGUGGACAAGUAGAUUUUUCUGAAUUUUUGAUGGCUGCCAUGAACUAAGAGAAGCUAGUUUCGUUAGAAAAAGUCAAAGCUGCUUUCAAAAUAUUUGAUGCGAAUGAGGAUGGGAAAAUAUCAAAAAAUGAACUUGAAUUGAUGAUUGGAACAGUAGAGGAUGAUAUCUGGUAACAAAUUUUAAUAGAAUGUGGUGCAUAAGGAGAAAUUACAGAAUAGCAAUUCAUAAAUAUUCUGCUGCAUUAAAAACACUGA